CAUUCGAUCGCCAGACCGAAAGCCAACUCCACUACAGCAACAUGUACAAGCUCCUGGUCCUGUCUGCCCUUGUGGCCGCCGCCUCUGCUGGAUACCUGGGAGGCUACGCUGCCCCCGCGAUCGCCGCCCCCGUGGCCUACGCCGCCCCCGCGGCCUACGCCGCCCCCGCCAUCGCCCACGCUCCCGUAGCCGCUGUGGCGCACGCCCCUGUCGCCUCCUCCGUGGCUAACACCUACAGGAUCUCGCAGACCGCCCGUCUCGCCGUCGCCGCCCCCGCUGUGGCUCACGCCCCCGUGGCCUACGCCGCCCCUGCCAUUGCCGCCGCCCCGGCCAUCGCCGCCUACGCCGCCCCCGCCGCCUACGCCGCCCCCGCCGCCUACGCCGCUCCCGCUCUGGGCUACGCCCGCUACGCCGCGGCCGCUCCCGCCCUGAGCUACGGCUACGCCGCCCCCGCUCUGGGUCAUGCUCUGAUCCAUUAGGACCCCCACCACAUGCACCUGAUUCAUAACUCAUAAUCAAAUAAACAUUUAAAAACUCAAAUGGCUUCAUCCUUCAUUGCACAGAAAUUUACCUUUAUCCACAUCCUUUACUGAAACUGAUAGAUAUGGGAAGUGUUACACCAUGAAGAACCUGUCUAGUAUUUAUGCAACAUUGCUCAUCACAUAACGGACACGAAUGUACUCUUGUUUUUUGUUUUAACAUGAAAGCAAACAGCAUUAGAAUGUCGUAGUGAAGAUUUUUUUGCCCUUUCUGAAACAUGUGCUUUGUCAUUUCAUGAAGACUGUUAACUAAUUACUGCCAUGAAUGAAUACAUCGUCCCAUCACGUCCCAGACAUACUCUAUGGGUGAACGGUCAAGGGAAUGGGCAGGUCACUCAAGGAUCCGUACAGUCGUCAAGGUUUUUGUUCUGUGAACUGGAUUUUUCUAGUGGAAUGUGCCUGGUCAUGAAGAGUUUGACGACAAUGUUUACGGUUCUAGCCACAUACUGCUGAAAAUUCAGACUCCGUUUAAUUAUUAUCAAAUGAGACUUGGUGUUACGACCAGCAACUCUCCACAUCUUGAUUCCCGGAGUUGGAGAGUUAUGGUUCUCUAGAAUCCUGUGUGCGUAUAUGUUGGCGUCAUUCUAAAUGGCAUUAAGAGAAGCGAGACUCGUCUCUGUAUACCACAAAAUGUCACUAAAAGUCCCGGUUGACACUGUCUCUACACCAUGCAAGUCUCUGUUUUCUGUAGCAUGGCAUCAGCAGCAAACGAUGAAUGACAACUCUAGGUCUCAGUCCUGCUCCCAGUAAUCUGUUCUCAGCCUUCCGUGAUGACACUCUGCAUGUAACCUCUGCCCAGAUGUCAACUGUUAUCACGUGUAUAUUCUUCAGAGCCGGUCGAACAAUCCUACGAUCGUCUCGUAGAGUACUCCUGGUGCAAAGAACUGUGCCUAAUCUGCUAGGCACACUGUUGCCUGUCCAUCUCCUCAUCGUUUGUUUGGCAAUACAGCAAUUGUAUUUGCUAUCUGUUGGUGUGAUACUCCCAUGUUCCUCAGGUUAAUAAUUCAGCAUUUCAGGAAGUUCGAAAGAUCACUCGUGCACGUUCUCUGGGUAUGUUGUGUUGCGGUCUCCACCUGUAAAGUUCCAGAAACGUUAGAAACACACAAGAGCCGUCAUGUACAUACAUAAGUCGUCAUCUCUAGGAAUGGAUUUUUUCUGUACCAAAAAUAUCAUAUGAAUAUGAAACUGAAUGAGUAUGUGUCCCAUAGGCACAAAAAUAGCGAUAAUCAGUGUGGCAAGGUUCGAAUGAGGCGUCUCUAGUGUAUCACUUUCCAUUUACACAGUGUACUAAGCUCUUAUUCCAAGGUGACAGACAUUUAAUACGUAGUUCACAAUUUUGUGAAGCUUACUUACUAGUGCCUACUGCAGAGAUUGGUACGAAACUCUACAUACGUGGUUUUCAGUAUGGAGCGAAGAUCUCCGCUUUCCAUGAAUCGUCUUAAUUAGCAUAGGUUGUUGCAGUUUCCUUUUCUAAAGCGAUAAGUACUGUGAAGAGCAGCAGAAAUUAUGAUGUCACAUGCAUUGCAACAGUGCGAAAGUAAGUUACAACUUUAUUGCUGUGUUUUGAUGUUCUCGAAAAAUUCAUGCAACAAAAUAUGUAUAUGGUGAAUUUGUGAU